UCAGUAUCGGUUGGCAUCUCAGUCCCUGGGGCUCUUGAUUUUAGUGAGGUCCCAUUAUUUUGUACAUCGGAUAUGAUCUGGAGACUCGUGGUCCUCGGUGGGGUGUACGUCCUUCUUCUGGGUGCUGAAGGCAGCAGCCGCGGGGAGAGGACGGUGACUUUCCACCGGACUCAGCAGGAUGAGAGCCAGGGCCAAGCGCGCGCACGCCCCAAGAGGGACAUGAGCAGCUCCUCGGGCACCUCCAAGCCUUUUAACGGUCCUCCCUUCACCUCCUGCCGGACCCCCCUCACCCCCGCAGAGCACAAGGUCCUGGAUGACAAUACGCAUGAGACAGGGUUUAAUGGUGAUGAUGGCUCCCAUGUAAUUCUCACAUGGGUGGGCGAUGGCACCGGGGUCGUCCUGGUGCUGUCAACAUUUAGUGCUCCGAUAGAUACUUUCAUGGAAGGCGGCUCCUCACGACUUUAUCGAAGCACGGAUUAUGCAAAAUCCUUCCAUGACAUUUCCCAUCGGAUCAACCACACCUUUAUAAGGGAGGAGUUUGCAGUCAGCGUUGGACCGGGGAGCUCUGUGAUACUGACAGCAGACAUACCCGUGGUGGAUAACCGAGGCGGGAUCAUCUUCACCUCCACGGACGCCGGUGCGACCUUUAAGUUCAUUCAACUGCCCUUCCACCUGGCUCUGACAAUCACGUACCACUUCCUCAACCCUGACUACCUUGUGGCCCUCAGCAUUGACGGCGGUCUUUGGCUCUCUCUGGACUUUGGUGCCAAGUGGACAAAAGUUCAUGAUGGAGUACAUUCUUUCUCAUGGGGGGCUGGCAUUCAUUUGUUCUUCAGCUGCAGUCGAACAGACACAGUUGAGGCAGAUGAGAGGGGGGAUUUAGUGCUGAAGAGGACAAAAGAUCUGGGGAAGACCUUUACCACAAUACAUGAGGACAUCUACAGUUUUGGCUACAUCGGAGCCUUUCUCUUCUUCUCUGUGAUGGAGGAUUCGAGAUCCCCUCGUGUUAUGUAUUUCUCAUCAGACCAAGGAGAUACCUUCAGUCGAGCAUUGCUGCCCUCCGCCUCCACUGAGCAGUUUUACUCCAUCCUGGAUGGAGAUGAAGAUAUGCUCUUCAUGCAUGUGGACAACCCAGGAGACACCUUCUUUGGAACCAUGUAUACAUCAGAUGAUCGCGGGAUCUUAUUCUCCAAGUCACUGGAGCGCCACCUGUUUGAUGGGCACAGGAAGAGCGAUUUCACCAACAUCACUUCCCUCAGAGGAGUCUACCUCACUAAUAAACUAUACGAGGAUGGCCGUAUAAGAUCUGUCAUUUCCUUUAAUAGAGGAGGAGCGUGGAGACAGCUUAACAAACCUGAGAAUGUGAAGUGUGGAGAGCAAGUCAAGAAUUGUAACCUUCAUAUUCACGGAGAGCACAGUCGCAUCAACCGCAUUGUUCCCAUACUGGCUCUGUCGGAGCCAACUGCUAUUGGUCUGGUCAUCGCUCACGGUACCGUGGGUGACUCUCUGUCAUCGUCGCAGCACCCAGAUGUGUUUGUCUCCUCAGACGGGGGUUAUAACUGGAGGGGGACACUCAGGGGUCCUCACCACUACAGUAUAUUGGACUCCGGGGGUCUCAUUGUGGCUGUGGAGACACAGCGUGAAGGAGAAGUCAAGACUAUUAAGUUCUCCACAGACGAGGGCCGGUGCUGGAAGUCCUAUAACUUCACCGAGCAGCCCUUCUUCUUCGCAGGCCUGGCAUCCGAACCGGGGACCAAGGCCAUGAACGUCAGCGUGUGGGGCUUCCGGCCUGAGGAUGACGGCCAGCCCAUGUGGGUGGUCGUCACCAUUGAUUUUCAGAGCCUUAUUACAAGAGAGUGUAAUGAGAAGGACUAUGAAGAGUGGUUGGCUCACGCUACAGAUGGAGUAGACUCGAAGAGACACGGCUGUCUCCUGGGGGUCAAAGAGACUUACAGGAGGCUAAAGAAACAAUCUGUGUGCAGAAAUGGGCGAAGCUUUGUGGUGAGCAAGAAGCAAAGCCCGUGCCUGUGCACCAGAGAAGAUUACUUGUGCGACUACGGUUACUAUCGCCAUAUAAACACCUCAGAGUGUCUGAGACAGAACGCUAAAAAUAAAACCUUGGAGCUGUGUCUGAAUGGAGAGGAGGAUGAGCUUUUGACGGCAGGGUACCGUAAGGUCCCGAGUGAUCGGUGUGAGGGUGGAUUCAACUCUCAGCUCGCAGUGCAAACAGUCAUCAGACCCUGCGGUGUGAAACCCAGCCCCGGUCCACCUGCCAGGUCUUCGUCUCCUAUCACACACUUUGACACACCGCGAGAGAGGCUGGUGUUGAUCCUAGUGUGUACAGGAGCAGGAGUCAUCGUCCUGGUAGCUAUUGUGUCCGCCGUCUUUGCCGUCAAGAGGGUGGUUUACAGAAACAUGUCACCAGUUUAUCGUUUCUCCAACCUCCGGAUUCAGGAUGAAGAUACCAGCAUCACUAUUGAUCUUGAAAGCGCCACCAGCAGCAAUGGCACGGCCUGCCAGCAGGACUCAGAUGAUGAUCUUAUUGACUGACACAUGACCCAUUUCUGUGGACAUAACAAAUAUUCAAGAUAGAGACCAGCUGUGCUGAAAACGAUUGCAAAAAGCAUUUUGUUGGACUUAUCCCUUAUAUUUUGAUGGGAGCACUCAACUUGGCAGGUUCUGAGGAUCUGAAGGACAAGCAUGAGAAUGUCUCAAUUUAUUGAGCUCUUCUUGAUUUCAUUGUUUUGCUUUGCUUACUCUUUGAUUUGUACAGUAUUUUUUAUUUGAAUUUCACUCUGUGAUGCACCCCCAUUUUACUUUCUGUUCAAUGUGAAAACAAACAAGACA